ACCGCCCUGGCUAGUUGUUCAAACAGUCAUAGCCGUAUAAAUCAGUCGUUUUGUGACUUGUCCGUUUUUUUAUUACUUAUGCCGCUUUUAUGAGUUUUAUCAAACUUCUAACUGUCCGAGGUUUGUACAGAUUUUACUCGUUUUUUGUUAGGCUUGAAGGAUUGAUUUCUGAAUUUUCCGAAAUUACGGUCAGCAAGUUUGUUUACCAGCUGCGAAGUUUGUAUAAUCUCUAAACCCGAGUCACGACUGUUACCCGCGCCGGGCCGCGCGCGCUAACUACAGAGUCCUACUGCACUGUGCGGUCGUGGACCAUAGCCUAAUGGAUAUGGAGUGAUUCUGGACUACUAGUAUUGAUUAACCAGAGCAAGUGUCGGUAUCGGAUCGCAGACAGAUAUGGAUGGGUUUUUUGUUAAACCUGGAGGCCAUAAAUCUGCAAAGGUUGACAGGAAUCAGAAACGCGGAGCGGCUGCCAAUGGAUCUCGAGGAGGAACCCGCGGUUCGCGGAGACCUGGUAGGGGUUUCCGCGGACGAGGAGGCGCGCGAGGGCAGCCGCCAAAUGGCCUUACGAAUGGCACACGCAUGCAGCAAAGCCGGAAGCGGUUUAGGCCGGAAGACGAAGAGAUUUCCAGCGGCGAAUCUGAAGAAGAGCAGGAACAACAGAUCACGCUACAGGCUGAGCAUUCCGAGUCAGAAGAAGAAACUGAGCAGGAAAAGCGGUUGCGGCUGACGAAGGACUAUCUUCAGCAGUUAGAGGACCAGAGCGAUAUUAAACCAGUUGAUGAGAAACUCCGUGAAGAGGUUCUCGAAGCGGCGGGGAAAUUGCGGCGAGCGAUUGCGCAACAGCUGGUGCAGCCUGAUGUCGCCGCUGAAGGCACACUUCUUAUGCUACGCGGGCAUAGCGGACAUAAAUUGUCAGCCACCUGUGUUACCUCCGAUGGGAAGUUCAUUUUUUCAGGAGGUAAAGAGGGAUCACUAAUAAAAUGGAGCAUGGAAGCAAAGAAAGUACUGCUCAGAAUCCUCCGCGAUAAAAGUGAAGCGUUGGGGCAUUCCGGUGCCAUAACGUCAUUAUCUUUGUCAUCUGAUAGCAAAUUUUUGGCCAGUGCGGCUACGGACAAACUGAUAAAAAUCUGGCUAACCGCUGGUUUUGAGCUGUACCACACGUUCAAAGGACACCGGGAUAUUGUGUCCGGCGUAGCAUUCCGCAUGGGAACUCAUCAGCUGUUCAGCUGCAGUCAUGAUCGGAAUGUCAAAGUGUGGAAUGCCGCUGAGAAAUCUUACGUGGAGACGCUGUUCGGCCAUCAGCAUGCGGUAACCGGUAUCGACAGUUUCCAUAAAGAGCGCUGCGUGACAUCUGGCGGGCAGGAUGCAUCGGUGCGGAUAUGGAAAAUUCUGGAGGAAUCACAGCUGGUCUUCCAGUUGCCUUCCGGCUCAAUUGACUGUAUUUCCCUGGUGGAUGACGAGCACUUUGUGACGGGGGAUGACGGUGGGAAUGUGGCAUUGUGGGGUGCACACAAGAAAAAGCCCAUAUAUACCGCAUAUGCUGCUCACAAAAGCGCCGACGGAUCCCCGUGCUGGGUGACCUGUGUGGAUGCAUUGAAAAACACAGAUGUCUUCGCUUCGGGAUCGAAUUCGGGUGCAAUUAAAAUGUGGAGGAUUCAGGAAGGAUACAGGAGUAUAAGCCUAUUGUUUGAUAUUCCAGUUGCCGGGUUCGUGAAUGCCCUUCGAAUCGUUAAUGAUGGAAUGACUGUGGUGGCGGCAGUCGGUCAAGAACACCGGCUGGGUAGAUGGUGGCGCGACAGCGCUGCUAAGAAUUCUGUUUGUGUUAUUUCGUUGAAGCGGAAGGAAAGCGUAGUAUGAUGCAACGGUCGCCGUACCAUAUAAAGUGCCUUAUACUGUGCAGUUUUGCCUGCAUUAAGAUUUGUUAUAAAAACGGUACUAGGACUUAAUUAAAUUUUGUUACUAAACAAAUUUUGAUGAACC